AUGGAAAUGCUGCUUCUGAAGAGGGGCAACGACCUUGGCGGCGACUUCUACUCUCCCCACCUCACCUCCGCGGUCUCUGCUCUUAUUCCCAUCUCACGCGCACAUCGUGGUCGUCCCCCGACCCCGUCUUUUUUUCCUUUUCCGUUGGCUGCGGCAACCGACCGAUUGGAGAGUGGGGGCGCGACCGCCGUCCCUCUUUUGUUCGCAUUCGCACACGACGUGAAUUAUGAAUAUAGUCCAGGGCCUGUUGUCCAAGAUCUCUCCAUUGCCCGAUGGAGACUUGGCGGACCGACUAAACUAUAGUUAUACCAGCACCAUUUUGCUGGUAUGUUCUGUCUUUAUUUCGGGAUGGAGGUGAGUUCCAUAUUUCAUUCAAGAUGUUAUUGUUUUAGUUUUGUUGGACAGCCGAUCCAAUGCUGGUUCCCUGCCUAUUAUCGAGGUAAGCCGCACAGUUAUCUGUCAUUUUUUUCGUAUAAUCGUAUAUUAUCCUUGAUCGUUGUUUUUAUCCCUUUCAAAUCCCUUUUUUCAGGCUGGUGGAUGGAAUAUGCACUAGACUAUUGUUAUGUUCAGAACACAUAUUUCGUGGGGUUCCACGAAUACAAACCCGAUAAUUACUUUGACUUUGCAAAACACGUAAUCGAAAUCCCGACCAAUGUAACUGCCAGGGAUGAGAAGCAGAUCGGUAAGACAGGUCAUCCGAAACAUUAAACAUUGUAUUGCGUCAUCGAGCGCUGUCCUUUUGGGUAAACAGAUUUCGAGGAUCACUAAUUUCGCGCAGUUUUUGCAUGGUAUUGAUUUUACUGUGUUUGAAAAUUUCGAAAAUAACACAAACAGAUUACUCAGACUACAAGAACCGCUAACAAACAACCUAUCAAAAAAAUUAUUGCAGGUUACUACCAAUGGGUCCACUUCAUCCUAGCCAUUCAAGCCUUCUGUUUUUAUCUGCCAGUCCAACUUUGGAGAUCUAUCUACAAUACCCUUGGAUUCAGAGUCCGAGCAAUCUGCGAGACCUGUAACAUCCGCGCUAACAUGGAUCCAAACGACCGGAGUAAAAACAUCGAAACUGUGGCCCGAUUUUUGGCUAGUGAUCACGAACUGGCAGCAACUCUGGGAGGGCGGAUACGACAACAUCUGGAAGGCAGAGUUGUGCUGACGACUUAUUUGGUAGGUGCGAAAAUCUGUUAAUCCAACUAGCGCGCUCUUUCAGGUGAUCAAGUUUAUCUACUGUAUUAAUGCGCUUUUACAAUUCCUGAUCGUGAAAUGGCUUCUGGGGACGGACAGUAUCUUCUGGGGAUGGAAUGUCGUAGUUGAUCUGUUCUAUGGUCGAGAAUGGCCCGAAACUGGAAACUUUCCUCGAGUGACACUUUGUGAUUUCGCGGUAUGUACUUUCCUUGCACUCCGUUUGUGAUUUAUCGAUUUUAAUGGAAUUGGCUCUUCAAAUUAACCUUUUUCCCUCAACCUGUUUCUUUUAAGAUGAUUACCUUGUGAAGUUUGUAAUGUGCUUACAAUUACUUUCUUGUGGUUUUUCAGGUCCGUGUUCUGGGUAAUCUACAUAGACACACCCUACAAUGCGUGUUGAUGAUAAACAUGUUCAACGAAAAGAUCUUCAUGUUCCUUUGGUUCUGGUUCCUCUUCAUGGCUCUGGUGUCGGCGUAUAGUUUCUUCAACUGGAUAAUUGUCAGCUUCAGCGACCGCGCAGAUCGGAGUCUAAUUGCCACUUAUUUGGCCAAGAUCGAUCCCCAGACCCUGAGGUCGAAUACAAAACGAGAGAGCAUUAAGAACUUCGUCAGACACACACUGAGAAGUGACGGAGUCUUCUUGGUACGACUAAUCUCCAAAAAUAGCGGCGAUUUGGUGACGUGUGAGCUGCUGAGGACGCUGUGGACGGACUACUUGGCCCAAUCGCCACCUCCCAACUAUCAGCCCGAGCCUCUUCUCGAGAAGAAAAAAGCUGAGGAAUAG